AGGAGAGGCCGCCGCCCGAAGUCGAGGAGGAGCCACUAGGAGGAGGUGGCAGCGGCGGGCCCGGCCUCAGGGCCGGUUCGACGGAGGGGUGCCUCCUCGCGGGAAGACGCGGACGGCCCGGAGGAGGAGGCGGAGGAGGCGGCGGCGGCGGCGAUGGUGGUCGGGGGCAGUGGCUGCAAGGAGCAGGAGUUGAGCUACGAGCUGCAGCAGGGCUACCGCAUCCUGGGCGAGUUCCUGCAGGAGAAGCACCGCGGCCUCACCGCCCCCUUCCUGCAGCCUUUGGGGGGCGUUGCCGCCGGAGAGGAGGAGGAGGCGGCGGCGGCGGAGGGGCCGCGCGGCGGGGGCCGGGGCAGUCGCUCCCUCCCGCAGCCUCCCGGGCAGGGCCUGUGUCUGCUGAAGAUGGAGGAGAAGUUCAGCAGCGGCCAGUACGGGGGCAUCACCGAGUUCGUGGCGGACUUCAGGUCGAUGCUGGAAACGUGCUACCGCCUGCACGGAGUGGACCACUGGGUCUCCAGGCAGGGCCAGAAGCUGGAGAUGAUGCUGGAGCAGAAGUUGGCGCUGCUCUCCCGGCACUUGAGAGAAAAGACAACGAUAGCAGUUACAUCUAGAGGCUAUUAUGGAUUGGAGGAUGAGAAGGGAACUGCAUGUACUUCAACAAGGCGUCGGUCAACACCGCGAAGUUUGGCGGGCUUGACAAGUGGAGUUUUUGAAUCUAUAAUGGUUCAAGUUUUGAGACAGGAAGAACAGCUGAGAGCAAAAGAAGAAAAAAGGCUUCGGGAGCAGGAGAGAAAAGAAGCAGAAGAAGCUAGUCAAAAGGAAAUAGAAGAAUGGGAGAGAAGACUUCUAGCUCAAGCAGCUCCAACUUGUAUGGAGACCAUGUGGGAAAUUCCAGCUAUUGGGCAUUUCCUUUGCUUAGCCCAGCAAAUUCUAAACUUGCCAGAAAUAGUCUUCUACGAAUUGGAACGUUGUCUUUUGAUGCCUCAGUGUAAUGCUUUUUUAUCUAAAAUAAUGACUUCUCUAUUAAGUCCUCCUCAUCGCAGACCUACCUUACAUCGAAGACCUACUUUGCCUUAUAGGACCUGGGAGGCAGCACUGAGACAGAAAGUGCACCAGUGGUACACUGCUGUAGGGCAGACUGAAAAUCCCAAUAACUGUGCUGAGAAACUUGGGUUGUGUCCUCAGUUUUUUAAAGUUCUUGGAGAAGUUAAUCCAUUGGAAGAAAAACCUUUUCAUGAACUACCUUUCCACCAAAAAGUGUGGUUACUUAAGGGUCUUUGUGACUUUGUGUAUGAAACACAAAAAGAAGUUCAAGAUGCUGUACUUGGACAGCCUAUUCAUGAAUGCAGGGAGGUUAUACUUGGUUAUGAUUAUUUGGAGAAUGCUUAUGUACAUUUCCCACAGUUCUGUGGUGCAGAUGUACGGAUUUACAAGCAGAGACCUUUUCAGGCCCCAGAAUUUCCAAUUCCACCCAUUAAAAUACAAAGAGUACCUCGGAUUAAACUGGAGAAAUUGAAGUGUGACUAUUUUAGUACAAGUAAUGGAGAACAUAGGUGUGGUAGAGAAGGCCUGCCCUCUGCCUUCAAAAAAGAGAAAGAAAUUAAUUUGGAUCCAACUUGCUGCCAUGCUAAAAUGAACUUGGAUAAUCAUGACAUCUCUGUUGAAAUGGAAGUGAAAUCCAACUGUGAAAUUAGAAUUCGCAGACCCUGCGAAAUUAAGAAAACUGAUUGCUGUAAAGAAAAUUUAGAGAAACCAGGAAGUCCAGGUGAAGUUACUGGCUUUGGAGAGCCUCUUAGUCCAGGUGAAAUAAGGUUUAUAGAAAAUCACGAAAGAUAUGGUGAAGCUUCUAGAGUAAAGCCUGAACCCAGUCCAUUAAAAGAAAAUGCUCUGAAAUCUUGCCAAAUACAUGUAAAUGGAAGUCAUAAUGAUCACGCAGAAAUUAGCUGCCCCAAAGUUGUAAGGGAUAUUUUAUUAGAGCAGUCAUUGCAGAGCCACAAGAAACUCAAGCUAACUAAAAUGAGGGCAAAAAAGAAGAAAAAGAAAAAAAAGAAAUUAAAAGAUGCUUUGAAUGAAAACUUACAGAGAAAGCGUGAAGGUCUUCAUUCUCUUACAUUUAAGUCUUACAAACCUGAGAUCCAGAAUAAGUUAUUGAUCAUCAAAAAGAAGGCAAAACACAAGAAGCACAAAUCUGGAAAAAAAUCCAUAUCUAAAAAAGCAAUCACAAAGAAGAGGAAAACUGUCACAAAGUUACCUACUGUACCAGAAUUUCAGCUUAUUUGCACUAAUCUUGAUGAACUCAGGGACUUAAUCACAAAAAUCGAGAAUGAACUCAAAGAUCUGGAAAACAGUAGAAAAAAAUCGGGUAAAUGGUAUCAUCGGAGGCAAGCUGUAAAAGAAUUGCAUAGUACAUUGAUACGUCUUUUAAAUGAACUGCUGCCAUGGGAACCAAAAUUAAUGAAAGCUUUUCAAAGAAACAGGAGCCGCCUAAAAAAAGACUAUGAUGAUUUCAGAAGACAGCCUGAUCAUGAUCAAUUUACUAGAGAACUAUGGACUACUGAAGAAGGUGAAGGAGAUCCUGGAAAGGAAUCUCCUAAAGUUGAAAUCAAUGAUAUGAAAUUGUCAGAAAUAGAGUUUCCUAUGGCCAGAAGCAAGUUGUUGAAAAAGGAAUUGCCUUCUAAAGAUGUACUGAAGACACUGCCUAAAACACUUAAGCGACAGUCCAAACAAACUAGUCAUCUGGAUGAUAGCACAAAAGAACUUUCUCCAAGGAAGAAAGCAAAGUUAAGCACAAAUGAGACAACAGUUGAGAAUGCAGAAGAUGAUAUGCAGUUGGACUAUUUGGAUGAAUCAAAGCAUACAGAGCCACUGUUUCCAGAGUCAUUUACCUCAGUGGAUUCAACACCAGUGUCUACUCUCCAGAAAGGGACCAAACCUAUUCAGGCCUUGCUUGCAACGAAUAUUGGGAACAAAGUGACCUUAACAAAUCAACUGCCCCCUUCCACAGGUAAAAGUGCUUCUGUUGUGGAAAAGCCAGUUUUAUCUCCUCCAGAAGCAAGCCCCAUAAAGCCAGCGUUGACCUGCCACACCAGUACAAAAGGUCCUUUACAGAUGGUGUACAAAAUGCCCUGUGGCCAGUGGUUGCCCAUAGAUCUUCAUAAUAGCUCAGUAAAGAUUCAGAUGCAACCUAUGCUGGAUCCUAAGACAGGAGAAAAAAUCAUGCAGCAGGUCCUCAUUCUGCCUAAGAAUUUUGUGAUUCAGCAUAAGGAAGGAAAAGCAGUUGCAAAAGAAAUACCACCACUUCAACAAAAAGGUACAGAACAACAUGGUUUAUCUUUCCAGCAGACAGAAAAUGUAAACUCUUCUUCAGCAACAGUUCUUGUCAAGUCAGCAGGAGCUGUUUCUUCUACCCAUCUACCUAAUGCAGUUUUGAACAAGACGAUUACACCUUUGUCAAAUGUGAAUAGUGCUAGACCACAGCCUUUGUCACCUGUAACCUCCAUAAGUAAUUUAUUAACACCACCAGUUAAGAAUAGCCAGAGUGAGGUAGGAAAAGUAAAAAAUGCAAUUUCAGCAACCACAUUCCCCCAUCCCAUUGCUUCACCCACCAUUUCUUCCGUAGUUCAGCCUCUAUUAUCAGCAACAACACUAAGUGGAUCUACAAAUCCUGGUAGCUCCCUCAACAGUUUUGCACAACAAACUUCUGAUUCUUCUGAAGCAAAGCAAGAAUUGAAAACUGUGUGUAUCAGAGAUUCACAGUCAAUUCUUGUAAGGACCCGAGGUGGGAACACUGGAGUUGUGAAAGUACAAACAAAUACAGAUCAAAAUUCACCCAACAGUUUAUCUUCGAGUUCAGUUUUCACUUUUGCUCCUCAGCUUCAGGCAUUUCUGGUGCCAAAAUCAACAACUUCAUCCUCCUCUGCUUUUUCACCAGUAGCUGGAAUGACUACUACAUCUAGUCUUCCACCUUUUGGCCAAACACCAACUUCUGCUUCCAUUCCAGCUGGCUUUAAUCCAUCCAUGGGGAAAAAUCUCAAACUUACAUUAGGACAACCUCUUGUAAGUGAUAAUUUGGGCCACAUGGUAGAGAAGACUUCACACAUGCCCUCUUCUCCCUUGAAGUCCUCUAUUUCUUCUAGUUCUCUGCUAUCAUCAACAGCAAAUAGUUCAGUAAGUGUAAUUAGCCUUCCACCAGGAAAUUUUGGACAAACCAACGCAAAUGCUAUUCAUACUCCAACUAAACAGCAACAAGCAGAUUAUAUCACAAAAAGUUACCCUGUUACAAGAUCAGAAGCAACAGUAGCAACAAAUGGAGAUGUCAUCAGUGGGACUACAGUUCAAAAAGUUAUGUUAGUAUCAGCUCCAUCUGUUCUUUCUUCUGGCAGUGGAACUCCAAUUAAUGUGACACCUGCACCAACACCUACAGGUGUGUCUGCCCAGAAAUUAGUUUUUAUUAAUGCUCCAAUAUCCAGUGGCACUUCAACUAUUGUGGCAGAACCAUUAAAACAAACUCUCCCCUUGAAUAAAACAUAUGUUAAGACUCCAGAGCAGCCUCAGAUAGUACUAAUUCCAUCUACAGUGGGAGCACCAAUGAAAAUAAAUUCAUCAACAACUGUGUCUCAGAUAAAAGAUGUGAAAAUUGGUCUAAACAUAGGUCAAGCAAUUGUAAAUACUUCAGGGAGUGUGCCGGCUAUACCAUCAAUUAACAUACUGCAAAAUGUAACCCCAAAAGGAGAAGAAAAAAGUACCAAGGGCUAUGUUUUGCCAUUGUCAACAAGUAAUUCAAUUCCAGUAAGCUCAAAUUUUGUGAGUCAAAAUAUUACUCCUGUUAAUGAAUCAGUGGUUUCUGCAGCAAGAGCAGUAAACAUGUUUUCAGUAACAGGAGCAAAUGUAUCUGUAGGUUCUCUUUCAGUGACCUCAACCUCUGCUUCAGUUGGGACACGACCUCCUGUUUUAGUCAGUGGAAAUGAUACCUCUUCAAGAAUUAUGCCUGUUUUGUCAAAUAGACUUUGCACGUCAAAUCUCGGAAACACUGUGGCGAUAUCAACUGUGAAAACAGGACAUCUUGCAUCAUCUGUUCUGAUUUCAACUACACAACCAACAGUGUCUCCUAAAUGUUUGACAUCAGCUUUGCAAAUCCCUGUUAAUGUUGCCUUGCCUACACCUGUGACUCUAUCCCCUAAAAUCAACACAGUCCCACAAGUGGCAACAGUAUCAGGAGCCACACGUUCUGUAUCUCUUUCUAAAAGACAAUCUCAGACUUCUGUCCAGUUUCAAUCACCAGGGAUUUCAGCUACAGUGCCAACAAAUAUGAACACAAAUAAACCUCAAACUGAAUUGCCAUCCCUUUCACCGAGUCCAAGUAAAAUAGUUAAUAUUUCCAAUGUUGCUUCUCUGCCAAACCAGCCAAUAUCCCCUGCUUUAGUAAAGUCAUCCUCCAGUUACAGUUCUACUCCAGGUGGCUCUGCCAUUCACACUGCUACAGCACCAUCACAUGUAACUAGUGUGGUAGAAAGUCAGUUCAGUGAACCUUGUAUUCAGCAAAAAAUAGUCAUCAACACCAGUACUCCUUUGGCACCUGGUACUCAGAUCAUGAUUAAUGGAACCCGGUUUAUUGUUCCACCACAAGGUCUUGGAGCUGGCAGCCAUGUUCUUCUUAUAUCUACUAAUCCAAAAUAUGGACCUCCCUUAGUGCUUAACAGUGGCCAAAGCAUUCAGCCUAUACCAGUAGAUAAUCCUGUCCAAAAGACCACACUAGCAUCUAAUAAUUUAAGUGGGCAACCUGUAAAACAAUCUCUAAGAACCUCUACAAAAAUUGUAAACUCUCUUGAGAAUGCAAGUUCUCUACCCACAGUGCAUACACAACCACAAAUCAUAAACACAACUGCUCAAGUUUCUGUUCCACCUCCUGUACCAACGGUGUCAUUGACUUCAGUAAUUAAGUCUCCUCCAAGUACUCUUUUAGCCAAGACAUCUUUGGUUUCUGCCAUUUGCUCUAGUAAUUCUCCACUGCCAAGUAGUACUUCAGUAUUUCAUUUGGACACAUCAGUCAAAAAAUUGUUGGUUAGCCCAGAAGGAGCCAUUUUGAAUACCAUAAGUACUCCAGCAUCUAAGGUUUCUUCACUCUCUUCAUCUCUCUCUCAAAUUGUUGUAUCUGCCAGUCGAAAGCCUGCCUCUGUCUUCCCUGCGUUUCAGUCAUCUGGCUUAGAGAAGCCUGACACAGCUGCAUCUUGAAUUUAGACUAAACGAGCCAGUUUUUAAAUAAUGGGGCAUUGUUUUGAUUCCCAUAUAAAUUUUAACUGUUUAUUAUACUGUUGAAAACAUACUAUACAUUGUGUGUGUGUGUGUGUGUGUGUGUGUGUGUGUGUGUGUGUGUGUGUGUUAAUGUAUCUUUUCAUUAGCUUGCAACAGGCUUUGUUUUCUUGGGGAGGGAAAUACCUGUUCCAUUUCACUCAUUGGUAUAUGUUCUCUGAGGUUGGUUGGUUAAAGUAGCCAGGCUUUACCUGUCUGUAUAACAAAUUGAACAAAGUCAAGUUUGACUAGUUUGGAGUAAGCUAGCCUUUUGCGCACUUGCAUUGACAUGUUUCUUCUUGAAUUUGGACUAUUGCAGCGUGUAUCUACAAUAUGGUAUUUUGUGUCAUUAGUGAAAUCUUAUUUUUAUUUCUGUAAAUAUAUAUAUAUAUAUAUAUAUAUAUAUUUAUGCAUUGUGAAAAUGCAGUCCAUGGUGUAAAAUUGUACAUAUUCCUAAAUUCCUAACAACCUGUACUAAACUAUAUGUACAAAGAACUAUGCUGUCUUAUUUAUGUUUUGUUUACAUAAUGUAUAGUUUUUUAAGUAUUUUAGUAAUUUUGGACCAGUGAACUGUUAGCAACAAUGCAGAAGAAUCUGCAUGUAAUAAACUGAGUUGCUGUA